GUGGGAAACUUCCUCACAUCGCAAAGUCACUGUCAUGUCACAUCCCUUCUGCCCCUUUUCUUCAUGAAGCCUCGCUAAUUCUUUUAUUGUGUCUUCGGUCGGCGAUUCCCUUCAUUUUCUUAGCAGACUAAAGACCGACCUUUGCUGCUCAGUUUUCUUCACUUUCUUGCGUAUCGCCGACCGGCUACGUUCGUUCAUAAUAUCUGCAUUCCAUCGGUACCCGACCUGGGCGGCUCUCAAGUGAUCAUGUCUAAUCUAUUUUCUGGGAUAAACGCUCGAUUGAGAGGAACUUCGGGCAAGGCCCAAGGUCAGAACAAGAGCCCCGUUCAAACUAACAGCGGUCAACCCAUCUCUCCCACCAACCUCUCCCAAGGCAACCAGUCACCCGUUAGCCUAGCACCAAAGAUCCCUCCGCUUCCCAACUCACCAGCCCUAGCUCAAAAUAUCAGCAUGGAUGAUUCCGGUAACGCAGGAGUCAAUGGCGAUGACCCUCUCAGCGUUUAUCACCUGCCUCGGCCUAUGCCCCUAUGGCUAAACCUGCAAUACGCGAAGCAUAUUGUGAAGGGUAACUUUAUGACCUUGAGCGCCCGCCCGAAGACCGUCGAGCCGGGGGAAUGGAUUGCUCAUCAAGUGGUCGAGCACUACCGUAACCUCUGGAACUUCGUACGAGUGAUCCACGAAAAAGAAGAAGACGGCACUACAAUCUGCAAUCCUCAAACUUGUCCUCGAAUGUCGGCUGGCGCGAACCAUUCUUUCACGUGGCUGAAUUAUAAGCGGGAACCCGUCGAGUUACCGGCCUACGAGUAUAUCACGCUUAUGCAGCGAUGGAUAUCUGGAAAGAUCGAUGACACGAAUAUUUUCCCUACCGAUACCAACGGCGUUUCUUACGCGCAUAACCCAUCCAUCACCACGACCCCGCUCUCGCAACUGUCUAACCCCGAAGACAAAGAUUGGAUUGGAAAGGCGAGUGGAUUCCCCGAGAACUUCGUGGAAGUUUGCCAGACCAUCUUUAGACAGAUGUUCCGGGUCUAUGCUCAUCUGUACUGGGCGCACUUCAUUGACCCUUUCUACCACCUGAAUCUCGAAAAGCAGUUGAACAGCUGUUUCAGCCACUUCGUGCUAACAGCCUGCGCACUUGAUAUGCUGAAGCCUCAGGAAUUGGAGCCCAUGCAACCGUUAAUUGACCUAUGGGCGGCUAAUGGCACUUUUCCGCCCGGCUGCAAGGCAUACGAGUAUUCCAACCAUAAAGCUGGAGAGCUAUUGAUGCAGCUUGGGACUGGCCCAUAGAAUGCGCCUCGCCCUCAUAUUGCACGACGAUGGUAGUUGGUGAAAGCCGAUAAAGUCUAAGGCAUAGGCCCCUGGUUCGAGUAGUGGCCGGAUCUAUACAAUUAGCCGAAGACAAGGAAUGGUACGGAAAGAGCAGGGAGAGUAAUCCUCAUAAUUUCGUCUCGUACACAGCAAAUGGAUAUCCUGCGAUUGAGGAGUUGGUACGAGGUGUUUUUCGUUUUGAGAUUUGACUUGAGGGGACUUAGCCCACGAUGCACACAGAAAAGGAGAGUGUGGGCGAAUUCGGUUGGUAGAUAACAUAACGUUCGUAUGAAACGACGUAUAACUUUCUGCGAUUACGACACGAUAUGAAAUGGUGCGAGGUUUUGCAUCUCGAUAGUUCUGUAGCAUAGAUGCAGCAUUACUACUUAGGUAGAGAAUAAGACAAGAUAUUAGAUACAAGAUAU